AUGUUUCAAAAACCAAUUAUUGUUGUUUGCAGCGGAGGACCUUCUGGUCUUAUCUUCGCUCUUUCUUUGUCUGAAAUUCUUGUUAAGAAACAAAUUUUGGGACAAAUUCUUAUUUAUCACGAAGUUUAUAAAAAUCGUAAUUCUAAAAAUCAGCUUUUUUUGGUCAAUGAAGCUGAAUUUUCGCGUCUCCCGCAAAGUGUUCGUGAUUACUUAUCUCAUGCAGCGGUCUUCAAGGAAAUUUUUUCAGGCAAACAAACUGCAUAUUUCAUGGAAGAUUUCGAAGACAAGCUUAUGGAAUUAAUUGCAAAACUCGAUGAAAAUGUACAACUGGUUCCCGAAAGAUUUGAUUCUGAAUGUACUAGUCGAUACGAUUUGUUGGUUCUCGCAGAUGGUAAUAAUUACUGUGACAAUUACCAGUUCGAAAAAAAAGCUGUUUCCAAACAUUACGAGUUAGAAAUUAAGUUUCAUGUCGAAAAUCAUUCGCAAAAUAACGAAAUGGAAGCCUUAUCAUUAAUUCAAACUAGAUAUUUGUUACAAUUUCAUCAAGAUGGUCGAAAUUUUCUUAAAGUUAAUUUAUCGAAAUCUGAAUAUGAUAGUAUCGAAUCAAAUCCAAGUUUGGAUUCGGUAAAGAAUAAUCCUUGGCUUAUGAAUAUUAUAAGAGAUGGAUUUAAAUUCUUUAAAGUUGAUUACGAUAACUUGAUUUCGAUUUCGAAGAAUUCAAAUGACUUGUUAGUAACUAAAGAAUUUUAUAAAAACCACCAAAAACGUGGCCAAAAUGAAAGUUUCGUAUGCGUUAUUGGUAAUGCGGCAUUUAAUUGCAAAUCUUGGCAAAAUCGAAGUAAACUCAAUAUUGCAAUAUCAACAGCAGUAAUAUUAGCUGAGAAAAUCAUCAUCGAAAAAGCUUUGUUUGAAUUUACUCGUAAAAAUUUCGAUAGAUUUUCCAGUGCAAUGUUAAACAUUCAACAAGAUUUCGUUCAACAACUUCAACUGACAAAUAUGGAGGAUAUUCUUUUUAGGGUAAUCCACGGUAUAAUUAAUAAGUACAACAAUAAAAGUUCAAGCGAACAAGAAAACCUUUUGCCAUCUGUCGACUCCUUCAAUUUUAAAACUAUUUUAGAUGAAUAUCCACAAUUGUUUGAGAUCGACAAAACCUCUGAUGAUAAUGUUGUAAAGGUUCUCAAUGAAUUAAAGGAAGAAUAUACCAAGAACGUCCAGAAUUCUACACCAGAAUUAUUUUUGAAAACACUUGAUGGAAUUCAAAAUACCAUGAAUUAUUUUAUAGUGUUCGAAUCAUAUUUAUCUUCUCAUAUUUUGGAUUCAAAGAACAAUGUUACAAAUAAAGAUGAUCGGGUCAAGCUAAAUUCGACUUCAACUUUGCAAGGUUUUGAUAAUAAUACUUCAGGUACAAGUUCUGACUCAUCUUAUGACUCAUCUGAUGAGGAAACGCAAUCUGAAUCAUCAGAGGAUUUAUCCCUUGAAGAGUUUUUCCAAAUGACCUUCGGUGAUAUUGCGAUCAAUUAUGAUGCUACAAAUUUUGUAACUGCUGAAUUAAAUGAAGAAGUAUUUAAAAUCGAAGUGGGACCUUAUUUGAAAUAUCAUACUCAAGGAAUCCUUCGAAAUAUAUUUCCAUAUAUCGUUGAUAUAAUAAAUAGAACAAUUCCAUUACAACGUAUUCAAGAUUGCAUUCGACAAAUUUCCGCUUCUGACAAUAUUGAUGAUCCUUCACAAAUAUUAAAGCGGUUGUCCAAUUGUAAAGGAAGGGAUUAUCUUGUAGCUUUCUUGGAUAAGGUCCCUAAAAAAGCACUUACAAAGAUCCUCAUUUCACUUACUCGAGCAAACAUUCCCAUUCCAUUAUUAUUUACAAAUAAAAGUGAAUUUAGUCAAAAAGGCUUAAGGAUUCUAAGAGAAAUUCGUAGUUUAGUACUUCGGGAUAAAUAUCAUUUAUUAUUAUCCUUCAAUUUAAGCACAAGCGAAUCAGUCACGCCAUUUUCGAAAAGACUUUACCCUGUCAUCUGCAAAAACCGUGAGGAUGAUUUAAGUAUUACAUCCGCCGGAUCAAUUGACAUUUCCUUCCAUCCUGCGUCAGAAAAUUAUGGGCGAAAGCCUGUCGCUAUAGCCGAAGUAUAUUUAGAAGAGGACCCUCACCAAAAUUUUCUCAGUCUAAUUAACGGCUUAUCACAAUUUGCAUUUUACAUGUUUUUACACAUAAAUGAUCAAGAUUUUGAAGGUAACUCGUCGUCUAAUGAACUAAAACAACUCAUUAAGAAUAUCUCGCCAGAAUCUAAUGAGUCAAAAUUAUCUAUCAUAUAUUGGAGUAAGUCAAAAAAUAAUGAUCUUUACAGCAAGCGCAAGAGGACCUUAAAAAAAUUACUAGAACAACACGUUAAUAUUAAAAUUGAACAAAUUCCAAAAGACAUUAAUCAAUUUCUCGAAAAGAAAAAAGAAGAUAUAAUGGAACAACUGUCAACAUUUAAGUUUAAAUUUAUUCUUCCACAAUUAACCCUUAAAUUACCAAAUAAUGAAUCUUUAAAUAUUUGGAAUUGUAAAAUAGGGGAAUCUUCAUUUGCAUCUAAAAUGAAAUCAAUUAAUUUUAACAAAAGAUCAGAUAUUUUUCGCGCAACUCAUUUUGAACAUGAGAUUGAAGCUUUAAAUGAUAAGAAAUCCACAACAGAAUCACAGGAAAAUGCAACAUUUAUGACUGAGGGACAAAUUCAAACUAAAAUUUUUCAAUUUAAACGUGAACAGAACAAAAUUGUUGACAAUAUUGCUUUGCCAAUUUUUACUGAUUUUGCAAACCUACUUAAUGAAAAUAAUAUAGAAAAAAUUAGAGACUUUGCCAGACAAAUUGAUGAUUUUUUUAAAAAAUAUUUAUAUGAUAUACAAAAUAAUGAUAACGUUGAACGAAUUGAAAUCAAAAAGCAAAUUGAGGAGAAUGAUAUUUCUAUUCAUGAUUUUUGGCGUGAAUUUAUUAUAUUAUCUGAUUUAUAUUCGAGUAAUAAAUCAAUAUUAGAACAUUUAUAUAAUGUCAAGCCACAAAAGUUACAAGAAGCGUAUAAAACAUGGAUCCUUGAAGGGGAACCCUUACAGUUGCUUGAUGGCUUAUCGUUACGUUCUCUUCCAACAAAAUUUUUAUCCAAUGUUUUAAGUAACUUAAUGAUAAAUCAUCAACGAAGAUUAAUCGUUAUAUCAGUGAUCGGGCUUGAAAGUUCAGGAAAAUCUACUCUUUUAAAUUAUUUAUUUCAUUGUGGAUUUGCUACUUCGGCCUCAAGAUGUACAAAAGGUGUAUAUAUGAGUUAUCGAACUGCAAAUUUUGAUGGAAAUACAAUCGAUUUGCUAAUACUUGAUUCCGAAGGAAUGGCCUCAACAGCCCAAAAAUAUAUUACGCAUCGUACCAGCUUCGAUAAGAAAAUAACACUUUUAGCAUUAAUGUGUUCUCAAAUUGUAAUCAUUAAUACAAAAGGAUUAACAAGGGAUAUCGGAGAUAUCUUAGAAGUGUCAUCAUGGCAUUUGGAUGCUUUGAGACAUAGACAAUCAAAACCAAGGCUGCAUUUUGUUCUUCGUGAUAUGGUUGAUACGAUAGAGGCUCAAAAACCAGCAUUUAAAGAUAUUGUUGAUGGAUUAAGAAAAAUGUUUAAACAAAUUCCUGGCUGCUUAGAUUCGUUAGAAGAUUUUAUGUCAGUAGAACAAGAUGAUGUUCAUCUGUUAGAAAAUGCAUUCUCUUGUUAUAAAGAUGAUUUUCGUCCACGUAUUGACAAUAUUGGAAAAACAGAAAAUGUUAAUUUACCAGCUGAGGUAUUUCCGGCAAAAAUUUCAAGCUUACGACAAUCACUUUUAAAAUCUGCUUUAAUUCAAAAUAAUAAUACGUCGGAACAUUUUACGAAUGUGCAAGGAUUUAUUCCAUAUAUGAAAACGGUGUGGAGUAAAAUUAAUACAUAUGGAAGUUUUCUUCAUUUUGAAAGCUUUAAAGCAAUUCAAGCAUGGUGUCAAAUGCGUAAUAUUGUUAGUAUUAUUCAUGAAAAUAGAUUGCCGGAUUUUACUUCACGCGCUAAAAAUAUAAUUGAUGAACAUAAUUUAAAAAAUUAUUCUGAAUUAGUACAAGAACAAUUUGAUGCUAAUACUGUAGAAGAAGGAAAAAGACUCAUUCUUAAUAUGAUUGCCGCAGAAAGAAGAGAGCAAGAUGCCCAAUGGAUGUCAUUAGUAAGAGAGUACAAAGAUUCUUGGUUGUCAGCUUGUGCUAUAAAAAAAGUUGGCAAGAAAAUUAAAGGAUUAAACACAGCCAACUUGAAAGGUGAUAAUGCAAAAUGUACAGAAUUAUUUGAGGAAAUUUGGAAAGAAGUAGAAGAGGAUAAAAAAGAAUUUAAUCGUCAGAUGGUAUUAAAACCAGAGAAACUAAAACAGCAUGUUCAAGAAACUUUUAACAAUGCUAUUGGUGAAUUUAGCACGAUUCGUCAAGAUUUAGAACAAAAAGAGAAAGAGAAGUUUAAACGUGGUUUUUGGACAAACCUGAAGAAACCAUCUACUUUUGAUGAACAUAUUACAAUCGAAGUACAACAAAUUCAAAAAAUAUUGGAUGUUAAUGCAACAACAUUAUAUGAUACAUUAAAAUCUGUGGUUAAAGGUAAAAAGUCGAAUAUUGGCAAGAAAAAACUAGCCAAAGAAGUCAAAAUUAACUUGAUACAGACAAUCAAUGGAAUUACUUUUGAAUCUAAACAAAAAUUAUCUUUACAUAUUGAGCAUGGACAAGCAAUUGAAUGGCUUAAAAUAUUGUGUGAUUGCUUAUUUAAUUUCACACAGGAUCAUAAAAUUGAGUUUCUACCUGAUUUUGAUUUAUUUGAGAAAAUUUUAACAGAUUGUUCUAAUGAAAGCCUUUCUAAGGAAAUACUUAAGUAUAUCGUAAUAGCAAUUAAACAACAAAUGGCAGUAAAAAGAAAUACCAUUGAUCAAAGACUUCAAUUGUAUUUAAGAAAAGCUUGGAUGAAUACACACACAGCAACAAAUCAUGCCUAUAACGAAAGUUUUGAUUCACUAAAUAUGAACGCGAUUCAAGAUUAUCUUAAAAAUCCAACAGAGUACAUGCGUGAUCUUUUUAAUAAUGAUUAUGGCAUAUAUAGUAAAAAUUUAGUUGAUACAACAUUGCGUGAAAUUGAAGAAUAUAUAAAUAUUGAAGAAAGUCUUUUAAAGGCUAUCUCUGAAUGGAGUGCAUUGUUUGAUCCAAAUCUAAAAUAUGAUCAACUAGCAUUAUCACAUUUUAUUCAAUAUUUAUUUGGAAAGUCAAUUACUUAUAAAGAAUAUUAUAUGUUCAGAAUACUUAUGCAAAAUAAAUGUAAUAUUUCUUUGACGAAAUCAGCACUAUCACAUGAUUUUUUCGAUAUUUUUAAAGAUGUCAAAAAAUUAUUUGGCAGCAUUACUGUUGAAAAACCAGUUGACUUUUGCGAUACAUUUAAAAAUCACUUGAUAGACGGUCUUAAAAUUAUUCGAAUCGAAUGGUUUGAUACAGAAAAAAGUAAAACAAUAGAAAUAUUACAAGGACGUUUGGAAUCAUCAAAAGUAUUAUUUUGGGAUAAAUUAGGUUGUUCGGCAAGAUGUCCACUUUGCUCCUCUAAGUGUGAGUUGCCUAAUGAUGGUCAUAGUCGACAUCAUGUAACUAACCAUCUUCUCCCAGCUUUUGUUGGUUUUCGUAGUAGAAUAACUAAGCACCCGUCUUUAAUAAUAUGUACUGAGGACGAAGCUCAUGACAAUAAAUCAUGGUCUUAUGUUGUUAAUGGUGAAAGUACAAAUGGCUUACAACUUAACGAAUUUUUGCGUAGAUAUCAUCCAUCAUGGCUUCCAUUUCCACGAUCAGAUCCUUCUGAUAAACAUGUUACAACAAUGCGUGCAGUUUGGUGGAAACUUAAAGAUGAACUUUGCGAAAAACAUGACAUGAUUGAUAAUACUGAUCCAUCAUGGGGAUCCAGAUACGGAAGUCUCAUUUUAGAAUAA